AUGUCUCCCUCCGCUGUUGACCCUCCUGCAUCCGUCGGCUCUGUCAAGCCGUCCAAGGCCAACAUUGGCGUCUUCACCAACCCCGCACACGACCUGUGGAUCAACGAGGCUGAGCCCAAGCUGGAAGCUGUUCAGGCCGGAGAGGGAUUGAAGCAUGGCGAGGUCACAGUGGCGGUCCGGAGCACCGGCAUUUGCGGGUCCGACGUUCACUUUUGGAAGCACGGAUGCAUCGGUCCCAUGAUUGUCGACGGUGACCACAUUCUCGGCCACGAAUCCGCCGGUGAGAUCCUCGCUGUCCACCCCAGCGUCACCCACCUCAAGGUCGGCGACCGCGUCGCCAUCGAGCCCAACGUUAUCUGCAACGCCUGCGAACCCUGCUUGACCGGCCGUUACAACGGCUGCGAGCAGGUCCAGUUCUUGUCCACCCCGCCCGUCCCUGGUCUCCUGCGCAGAUACGUCAACCACCCCGCCGUCUGGUGCCACAAGAUUGGCAACAUGACAUACGAGAACGGCGCCAUGCUGGAGCCUCUGAGUGUUGCCCUCGCCGGCAUGCAGCGUGCCGGCGUACGCCUCGGCGAUCCAGUCCUCGUCUGCGGCGCCGGCCCCAUCGGCCUCAUCACCCUUCUCUGCGCCAAGGCCGCCGGUGCCUGCCCACUGGUCGUCACCGACAUUGACGAUGGACGUCUGGCUUUUGCCAAGGAGCUGGUGCCCACGGCCAUCACGCACAAGGUCGGUCGUGGAACUGCCGAGGAGGAGGCCAAGCGCAUCGUCGAGUCCUUUGGAGGUGUCGAGCCCGCCGUGGCCAUGGAGUGCACCGGCGUUGAGAGCAGUAUCGCCUCUGCCGUCUGGGCUUCCAAGUUCGGUGGCAAGGUCUUCAUCAUCGGUGUAGGCCGUAACGAGAUCAACUUUCCCUUCAUGCGCGCUAGCGUCCGCGAGGUUGACAUCCAACUGCAGUACCGCUACUGCAACACUUGGCCCAGAGCCAUCCGGUUGGUUGAGAGCGGUGUCGUCGACCUCAGCAAGUUGGUGACGCACAAGUUCACGCUUGAAGACGCCCUCGGCGCUUUCGAGGCGGCCAGAGACCCCAAGUCAGGUGCGAUCAAGGUUAUGAUCCAGAGCCUGGACUAA